GACGUUAGUUUUCUUCUUUAAUCCCUUUAACGUUAUAAACCCAAACAUUAAACUGCCAUUAGUUUUUCAUGGUUCUUAUCGACUGUUACUAUUUUAAUGAACUACCAUUCAAAGUCAUAGAUUUUCCCAAAAAAUUCUGGCAUCUCGUUCUCAUCCAUAUAUUAUUAUUACCUGUUUUAGCUUUGAAUUUAACUAUAAAUGGAAUAUUUGAAACACAAAAAUGGAAACAAAAUUAAGAAACACCUUUGUUUCUCAAUAUGGCCAAAAUGCUAAUAAAACACAAAAAAAUUCUUCCAUUGUUGUUAUUGUUAGUGCUCUUUGCAUUCCCAAUGUCAAAUACAAUGCCAAUCACAGACGUACACAAUUUUUGCAAGGAAACGUUUGAAGUAGAUUUCUGCCUGAAAUACAUUGGGUCGGACCAACGUAUGGUAGCCGCACGCGACUUCAGUGACAUGUUUUUAAUUGCGAUAUCUGAGACCCAAAUUCAAGUGACCAAUGCAAUCACACAUAUCAACAAUAUCCGCCAAAGUUUAAAUGAUCCGCUUGGGAAGAAUCGGAUCGGUGUAUGCGAGGAAAAAUACGAGGUCGCGGCCACUAGUUUUCACAAGGCUUGGGAAGUUGGACAGAAAAAGUCAAAUUCAUCAACGGACCGUAUGGAGAUAACCAGAAGCACGCAAGCUGGCUUUGAUGCUGUGUGUGAGUGCGAAGACGAAUGGUCAAAGCAUGGUCCGAGACAAGAGUCUCCUCUCACUUUCUAUUACCAUAAUGUUCUAAAACUAUGUCAAAUUACUCGUCUUAUUAUCAGCAAGCUUGAGGCUUAAGUUGUAUUGGAAUUUGAUUUACUUUGGAUAUUAAUUGGUUUAGCUUAUUCACUCACACUUUUAACAAACCCGAUUUUUCUCUGUUUCUAGUUUAUAAACCCGUUUUUUGAACUGAUCUGUAAUAUUUAUUGGUUAAAUGAAUAAAACCUUUUUGAUGUUUUUGAUAA